AUGCCGUUCACCAGCAGCCUGGUGGCAUCGGGUCAAGCGCUCGGAUACGUCGCACAUGCCAGCGUUCCGACCGUCACGAUGCCUCGGCUCAAGGCGCUGGUGACCGGCAAAGCGCCGGCGUUUAUUGACAUUUUGAAGAACUUUAACUCGGCAGCAUUGGACGAGGACGCCAACCUUGUGUCUUUAUUGGCAGCCAGUGGGAAGAGGAUUGUGUUUUACGGUGACGACACGUGGCUCAAACUGUUCCCGGAGACGUUCAAGCGCUCGGACGGUACGUCGGGCUUUUAUACGAGGGAUACCGUGGAGGUGGACAACAAUGUGACAAGGCAUUUGAAGGAGGAGUUGGACCCAACGAUGCAGAACGAGAAGAGUGGAGAUUGGGACGCCUUGGUGCUGCAUUAUCUGGGGUUGGAUCACGUUGGUCACCUACGUGGACCGAGGUCGCCAUUGAUGCGGGAGAAGUUGGAGGAGAUGGAUGGUGUCGUGCAGUUGGUGGUGGAUUCAGUCCGCGCACAAGAUGCUCGAAGAAUGGAGAACGACAGCUCAGCGCGACCGUCGUUGAUCUUGCUAUGCAGUGACCAUGGCAUGUCUGAAGUGGGCAACCACGGCGGUGCGACGCUGGAGGAGUCUUCUGCGCUGUUGAUGUUUAUGCGUGGUGACGGUGAGCCUAUGCGCUCGUCGGAGGAUAUAUCGUACAAGCAGAAGCGGAGUCAGGUGGAUUUGGUGCCUACGAUUUCUUCGCUCUUUGGGCUACCCAUUCCGCUGUAUAGCAGCGGGCUGCUUCUUGAGGAUGUCGUAAAAAUGGCUUAG